GUAAAAAAUAGAAACUUCCAAGAUGGCCGAGUCCGUGGACUCCAUGCAUUUCGCAGCAAACAGCAAAACAAAUUCCCCCAAACCCCUGAUAGCCAAGCGGCCGCCGGAGAGCCGACCGCAGUCUUCCAGCGACAUUUACCCGCCGCCCCCCAAGAAGGUCCGGGUGGAGGAGAAGGGCCUGAAGCACAGGAAAGUGAACGGAGAGGUGUGCGCAGGGGAGAAACACAACGGGAAGCAGAGUUGUGGGAGCCCAGCGAAAUGGAGUUUCGGCCCGGCCAAGGCGAGCCACUCCGCCGCCGCCGCCGCGGCGCCCGCGACUCCCGCCCGGAAAAUCUUCAAAAUCAGCAACUUCCUCGCCUCGCCGCUCAAGAUGAAGAAGGCGAAGGAGAAGCGACACCGGGAGAAGGAGAAGGGCGGCGAGGCGCAGCGGAGCUCCCCCGCGGCCGUGGAGCGACUGAGCCCAGCUAGCUGCCGUACAAAGAGCGAGAACGGCGACGUGAAACUGCUACAGAGAGAUCCGCGUGUGAAGGAGAAGGACCGAGAGAAGAAGAAGAGCAGAGACUGGAAGGAUCACAGUCUGCCACCUGUGCAUGACAUUGCGAGAGAGAACGGAGAAGCGACUCCUCCACAGAGAGAGCCGAAGGAGAAGCUCAAAGCUGGCUCAGAGGAAGACCUCCUGCUGAAGAAGCUCAAGAAGAAGAAGAAAAAGAAGCACAAAGAUGGGGAGCGGGUGAAGGAGAGGUACAGCCGACCCAAAAUGUACCACCGCUCGUGCCAGACGGUGUGCUCGGGAGUGUCUCUGGCUCUGCCCGAGUUCCUCAGUCGAAUUAAUGGAAAGAGCAGCAGCAGCAGCAGCAGCAGCAGCAACGACGGCGGCGGCAGCCUCCUCCACGCCACCACCACUUCACAACAUCAACACCACGAAGAUCCUCCUGCUACUGCCACCGCUACCUCCGCCUCCAUCUCCUCCAUGGUCAGGGACAGGCUGGGCUACAGCUCCCCGCUCCACUGUACGCCAGCGCCGGGCCUGUCCGGACUGGAGUUUGGUCGCCUGAUCCACAUUGAGCAGCAGGCCAACGGAGGAGCGUCCGUGGCGCACGCCUACAGCGAGCAGCUCUCCGGUCUGUCUCCGGCGGAGAUGCAGCGCUUCGCUCAGGAGUUUGUGACCCUGUCGUUCAGCGAGGAAGACGGCCAGGCCGCCAGCUUUGUGAUGGGAAUCAUUCACGGAGCGGCGUCCUACCUCCCAGACUUCCUGGACUACUUCUCCUAUAAGUUCCCCAACGCACCGGUGAAGAUGGAGGUGCUCGGAAAGAAGGACAUAGAGACGACAACCAUGGCCAACUUCCAUUCUCAGGUGAAGCGAACAUACUCCCAGGGAACAUACCGUGCCGGGGCCAUGCGGCAGGUCAGUCUGGUCGGAGCUGUGGACGAAGAGGUCGGAGACUACUUCCCAGAGUUCAUCAACAUGUUAGAAGAAUCUCCCUUUCUGGAGCGGACUCUGCCCUGGGGAACAUUCUCCAGUCUGCGGCUGCAGAGCCCCACGGAGAGCGACGACGGCCCCAUCAUGUGGGUCAGACCUGGAGAACAGAUGAUCCCCUUGGCAGACAUGCCAAAGUCGCCCUUCAAAAGGAAAAGGUCCACCAAUGAGAUAAAGAACCUGCAGUAUCUACCCAGAGCCAGUGAGCCCCGCGAGAUGCUGUUUGAGGACCGGACGAGAGCUCACGCCGAUCACAUCGGUCAGGGGUUUGAGAGACAGACGACUGCUGCUGUCGGUGUGCUAAAGGCCGUGCGCUGCGGAGAGGACAGUGACUUUCCUGCCCGGAUCACCAAAGACGUUGUGUGUUUCCACGCUGGAGAUUUCCCAGAUGUGGUCAUGAGGCUGCAGCUGGACCUGCACGAGCCCCCGCUGUCUCAGUGUGUUCAGUGGAUUGAUGAUGCCAAGCUGAACCAGCUACGGAGGGAGGGGAUCCGAUACGCCCGCAUCCAACUUUACCACGAUGACAUCUACUUCAUCCCCAGAGGAGUUGUCCACCAGUUCAAGACGGUGUCCGCGGUCUGCAGUCUGGCCUGGCAUAUCCGACUCAAACAAUAUCACCAACACGAAGAGAAGGAGGAAGAGGUGAAGGAAGAGAAAUGUGAACGUACAGAGGUCACACUUCAUAUCACAGAGGAGGAAGAAGACGAGGACAUGGAAGGGAAGGAAUGUGACCCUGCUGUACAGAGAGCGAUGAAGAUGGAGCGAGAAGAAAUCGAAGGAGGGGAGGGGCCACCCUCACAAAUACCAACACAGAUUUUCAAGGAGGAAGAGCAAGAGAGCAGAGCAGAGACGAAGGAGUUGUCAACGACACAGUCUCUACCUUUUGUCAAAAAGGAGAGAGACGAAGGUGUACUGACUCAUACACUAAUGGAGCCUAAAGCUGAGGAUGAUGAGAAGGGGGAAAGUAAGGAAGGGCAAGUUAGAGGUGCAGACACAUGCCAGACACUGCAGAAAGGCCACGAGGAGGGUGGAGUGGACAGUUCAUCCUUAAAGUCACUACAGCAAAUUAGGAAGGUGAAUAAUGUGGAGGAAGAGAGGCAGCAAAAGACAACUCUGUCAGGUCAAGGACUAAAAGAGAGACCUAAAGAUAGUAUAACAACUACUUAUAACACGCCACCGAUCAAGAAGGAUCGAGACAAAGGAAAAAGAGAGAAAGAUGAAAAGGAUAGGCCUAAAGACAAGGAGAGGAAGGACAAGGAGAGGAGUAAAGAGAAGGAGAGGGAUAAAAAGGACAGGGCCAAAGACAAGGAUAGAGAAAGAGACCGGAUGAGAGAGCAUGAUAAAGUGAAGGCCGAGCCAGGAAAGGAGGGUAGAACAUCGAUGCCGCUUUUGCCUCAGAUACGGAAAAAAGAGGAUGAUGAGCGGACAAGAGAGGGCAGCAAAGCCUCUCAAACCUCCCUGCACGCUCCGAAAGAUGAGAAAUGGGCCAGGGAGUGGGACGGGAAGACACAACCCCACGUUAAGAGAGAGAAGGAGCUCGAUAAAGACAAGGCAGGAGCACUGACUGCAUCCCACUUGCGGCCGGACAGAGAGGAGGCUCGAGACGCCUUUUCGCUUAAACACAAGUCUUCGAACGGGAAGAAGGAGAAGAGCGGGCUCAGGGAGGGCAAGGAGAGCAACACGUCGAGUAUGCAGGCAAAGUCGGGGAGAGAAGACAGCAAGGCGGGAACGCCCAAAACUGCGAGUAUUCAGGUUAAGAAAGAAGGAAAGAAGGACAAAGACAUCAGCAGUAAAGAUGAGAGGAAGAAAUCUUCUGGUCCCACGCCGCCAGAACAUAAACCACCACGGACGCUCAUCACCUUUGACCUUUUUAAGCCAAUGGAGGCUCAUCAGACUCUCGCCCUUUCCUUCACGGACAGUCGACCUAAGAGCCACCAUCACAGUGACUCUCGAGGCUCUUCCUCUAAGCCUGGAUCCGACAGUCGGACAGUUGUACCCUCGAAAGGACCAAGAACAAAGGACUCUGUGCAGGGAAAACCUGCCACGCCCCUACAGGACACUCGGCCCCCGCAGCACUUGUUAAAACAGCCCCUGAAAACACACCCGCCCCACACAGAGAAAGACUUACUACUAUGAAUGUCUCGAUGUCUAGUCUUCUAUUUUUUACUGUACAAUGUAUGCCGAGGUUUUGUUAAUAUAUUUGAAAUUGUAUCCUUCCUUUUAGACACGGACUGGUCUUUCUAAUUUGUAAUAGACGAGCGGGUGCAUUCCAUUACUUUUGCUGACACGGCCACAUCACUCCAGUGACGUAGAGAAACGAGGAUGUACUCUCCCAAGUAUUUUAACAGUGCCUAAGAAUGUAAGCUAAGUAGCUCACUUUACGUUUGUUAGCGAAUGUAUGUAGGCUCUAUACAAAAUGUAAUGUGACCCGUGUGUCAGUGCCUGUGCACUACUUAGCUUCUCUCUUAAAGCACCUAUUUUAGGUACUGGACAUGCCAAUCUGAAAACAACCAUUCUUACUCCCUGCUGUAGAAUUUACCUGUGUUCACUGUUUAAAAAAAUUAAAUAAAAAUGAUCAGCAAUUCACAGAGCUCCUGCUGAAAAUCCUUUGUUACUUUAGACGAUGGGGUUUGUUGUUUAUGACGCUCCAAAACCGGAGGAAGUAGUUGUUUUCAGACUGGACUUUGACUCACAGGGCUGUAAAUGAUACUGUAUGUACCAAAACUGUACAGUAUAGAUGUUAUUAGCACCAAUGUGAGAAAAUGUAUACAGAAAUUGCAUAUAUUUUUUGUAAGACAAGUUUUAUUUUCCAUAGAACUUAUUUAUAUUAUUUACGGUCUGUUUUUAUUUGAAACCAAUGUAUGUGAAAAGAUUGUUGUAAAUACAUUUUAUUUCCUAAGAUAAGACUUGGUAGUGUGAUUUAUACUCUGAUCAGAACCUUCUCAAUAAAUGGUUCAAAAUAUUGACUUAA